AUGUUUGGUGCCCUGAAUCGUUUCAUUGGACGCCUCGACGGCGAGCCUGGACAGCAACCUCAGAAUGGGCCAAGUGAUAAUGCCUUUGGUUUCCAGGUUCUCCGCAACAAAGACCCAGAGCUGCCGCUGGAGCCUUGGUUUGAUUUUAUUGUGGGAAUUAAUGGACAUAAAAUUGAAGACCCGGACCCAAACCUUUUUGCGACAGAAGUGCGCAAUUGCGCCGGCCUAAGUUUGACGCUGGAAGUCUGGAGCGCCAAGGGUCAACGAACUCAUACCGUCACUAUUCCCAUCCCUGCAAAUAACCCCUCCCUCGGCAUCGCCCUACACCCUGCAUACCGUGCAGGGCUACUGCCACACUCGGACUACAUUAUUGGAACUCCGAGCGGGACAUUGCGCGGAGAGUCCGCACUUGGAGAAUUGGUGGAGGACCAUCUCGACCGCACGUUGAUCUUGUGGGUCUAUAACAGUGAAUUUGAUGUGGUACGAGAGGUAGAGCUAGUACCGACCCGAGGAUGGGGUGGUGAAGGAGCCCUGGGCGCAGAAUUGGGAUACGGCGCUUUGCACCGACUACCAGUUGGAUUGGGUGAAGAGGUACAGGGGCCUGGCGAGGUUGUGUUUGAAACGCGCGAAGACGUAACAGCUGCCGGAAUCCCAAAUUACAGCGCUCCAGGACCGGCGACUGGAGCACCCAGCAAUUUCCUAGUGCCAGCAAAAAUGACCUCGCCUCCACCUCUCAUGCCAUGGGCCCGACCAAACUCCUCAGAAGGGAAAUCUCCCUCAAAUCGUCGAGCAGGGAAAUCGCGCCGCAAUGGACCUUUGCCCGACGGGUUCGAUGACUAUUUUGCCGAGGGUGAACAGAAGAGCCGGGAAGAGGACUUCGCGCCAUCACGGAAAGCAACUCCUCUUCCUCCGCCGCCCAAAGCAAGAGUAUCGCCCAGUAAUGAGGAGAUUUCACCUGAAACAACAGAAGUGGACGGAGCACCAGGGCCAACGGAAGAGAGUUGA